AUGACAUGGGUAGGAACUACCAUUGUGUUUGCUAAGAAACUACCUGAAGGUCUGAGCUUUGGAAUUGACUUUUUCUUUUUUGACUCCUCCAAUGAAGUCAGUUUCCGUGGCAUCAAGCAGGUCACGAAUGGUGUCCAUCUUGUCCAUCUUACCAAUCAGCUGAGUAACACGAGGACAGCCAAGUUUGUCAGAUGCCAAGAUCGCGAGGUGAUUUCCAUAGACGUGGUGGAAGGCGAGCUGACCGUCGAAAGUGUCAGUGUUGAAAAUCAGCUGGUGUUUGGCAAAGGACAGACGUUCCAGUUUGAGGCCCUGCUACCAUACAUGGUGAAUUAUUCCAAUUUCAAAAAUAAUAAAUGGCCACAGUUCGGGCUUCAUCUCGAUUACAGUCAGAUUGUGGGAGUCGAGAGUGACUGGACGAGUGAGCUCGUCACAACGUCUGACUCGUCGACGGCGGAACUGGUCGAAUUGCGGAAAGUCAUCGAGUUCGACAUGAGCAAGCAGAACGGCGAGCUCAGGUUGACACAGACAGACCCAAAGGUGGUAUUGAAGUCGGUGAAGCUGGAUCUGUCCAAAUACAGCAGAGACAAGUCUGACUACUUUAAUGCCCUUUUCACGACCCACAGGUUCACCAACGAGCACAAUUUCUGUUUUGUCGGUUUGCUAGUUCUCAACAACUACUGCUGUUUGGAGCAAUGGUACAGCCUCACCAAUCUUGCUCUUGAAUGUGUCGAUUUGGUGGUCGAGCAAACAGCUUUUUUUGAGCGCUUUAUUGAGAGCUUGCAGAGCCAGCUCGAGCAGAUUGCCUCACAUACCGAGGAGUUUGUCAAAGUGUCACGGCUCAAAACCAGUCUCAAGGUAUUUCUCACUAACAUGGAAGCCUUCCCGUACUCGGUUCAGUUCAAAUAUGCUUCGUUGCUUCGUUUUACUGAAACACAGUUUGGCCUCUCAAUCACUUACCAGCUGGAUGAGCAAAGCGAAAGCGAAGACCAAAGUUUCGAGGAUUAA